AUGCCCUCAGCCAAAAAAGGGGUAUCAGUAUUCAAUGGCAGGAGCUAUUUCCCAUAUAUUUGGCUUGUAUUUUAUGGGGUCUCCACUGGUCUGGUAAAAGGAUCCGCAUGUGGUGUGACAACAAGUCUGGUUGUCAUCAUAAACUCUAAACACUCCAUGUCCCCCCAGGCAAUUGACCUCGUUUGAGCAAUCACACAUCAAACGCUCAAAUACAACUUUGCAUUUACGGCUGCUCACAUCCCGGGCUGAGACAAUUCUAUUGCUGAUUCCCUUUCCCGUUUUCAGACGGACUGGUUCCGUACCCUGGCUCACUGCGCAUUUCCCCUCCAUCAGCGAUGAGCGUCUGAGAAUCGUGGAAAGUACAGCGGUCAGGAGCCAAGAUUGACGCAAAAUUUUGAGCUGCAACUUCUUACCUUAAUGAGUCGUUUUUCUGCUGGUAUUUUAUUGGUAGUUUUCACUGAAUUAUGCCAAAAGAGACAGUUUCUUCACUAAAGCAACAAAUUCAAGAUUUAAAGGAUAAGGUCUUAACAAGACUAAUGAUUGCUUAAUGUUAAGACAACAUGGCGAGCGUGGAGUUGCGAGCUCUGAUGAAACGUGGUCAAACUCCAUCUCAUUUGAUGAUAACAAGCAUCAAUAAAAAUGAAAUGGUUAGCCAACUGGUCUAAGAGAUUUUGUACAAUCCCAACUCAACUUACAAGGGUCGUGGGAUGAGAAAAACAAUGGAAAUCAACUUGUAUUCAAAUGCGGUGAUAGAUCAGCCACAAUUAACUGGUACAAUAAAACAUCGACAUGACAGGUCCAGGGCCCAAACAAGGAUCAAGUGAGAAGAGAUACUGCGCAUUGGGCGAACAAGAGUUCGACUAAAUCGCCUCCAUCCUUAAUUGAUAUCAUUUACCAUCCAUUUCAUCGACUGUGGGCAGCGAAAAGUUGGAAGCAACUACUGAGGCUGAAUUAGCAGUGAAGAGGUUAUUAUCCAAGAAAUUAGGAAAUCCAAGGCAAGAAUAGUACAGAGUCUUCACAACCUUGAAUGUCGGCCUAGUGAAAUUGUUCAAGAAGUUUAAAUCCAUUUGUACAUGAAGAAGCCCAUCAAGUAGAAAACCAAGAUGUUGAAAUCUACGAAUCCACAAGUGUUAAUGGCAAUCAUGAAGCCAGCGAGUUAGGAACCCAUCAAAGCCGAUUCAAGAAAUUGACACACUUAUUGUGGGCGACUCCGCAAAAUCAAAGAUAUCAAAUCAAACCUAGGGGGACCGAAUAUGAUUAG